GCAGGCUUUAGGCUGCCCCGCUGGGGCUGGGCGUACCGCCCGGGAGAGCCCCCGGCUUGGGCAGCCUUCCUGAGGCGCACCCCCCCGGGGCGAGCGCGUUCGGUGUGAAAUGGAGUUGCUACGCGGAGCCCCUCGGUCCUUGUGCUGCCGCCGGGGCUGUCAGGAGCGCGGGCAGGGCCUGCUUCCCUCAGGAACCGCCGGAGGAGGGAAACGGAGGAAAGCAACUGAGGAAAAUACCCUCGGCUCUGCCUCACUGAGGAGGAAAUAAGUAGCAUGCCGCGGGAUGUGCACGAAAAUGUUCACGCAUUUUAGCUGUGAUGCUGAAACAACAAACAACAAAUACUGUAGAGGAGCCACUUGAUCUCAUCAGACUCAGUCUAGAUGAGCGAAUCUAUGUCAAAAUGAGGAACGACAGAGAGCUUAGAGGCAGACUACAUGCAUAUGAUCAGCACUUAAAUAUGAUUUUGGGUGAUGUGGAAGAAACUGUAACUACAAUAGAGAUUGAUGAAGAAACUUAUGAAGAGAUUUAUAAAUCUACCAAAAGGAAUAUUCCAAUGCUGUUUGUCAGAGGUGAUGGCGUUGUGCUUGUAGCUCCCCCAUUGAGGGUUGGUUGAAGCAACAAAGGAUUUAAUCUUGUUGGAAAGUCUCAGACUUUUGGACAAUGGUUCGUGUUUCGAUCAUGUGUCUCAAAAUUCUGUACAUGUUUUUUAUAGGAUGUUUUUGUCUGUUCUUUUGGGAAGGGGAGGGAGGGGGAACGGGACCGAGUUUGUCUUACAGAAACUACAUUUAGUCAAUCGAAGGAGUGUAAACACAACCUGAUUUUCUCAGAAUCAAUGCAACUGCUGUAAAUGGGCUGUCUUGUCACAUCAGUAAAAGAAUGCUUCAUUUUUUUCAG